AUGACGAAACCUAUAACAAAAUCAAAAAGGAAGUCCGGGUCUGCAUUACAAACUGAAUCGGGUGGGAAUGGCGAUCAAGUGAAUGCAUUGCAAGGUCUAAAUCAGCGAGAAGACAAUACGAAGAAGGAGCAAAGGAAUAAAACUCCAGAAAUUAGUCAAAAAAGUACAAGUCCUUCGAAGAAGGGGGUGACUAUAGAGGAAGUUCAGACAAAACUGAGUUCUCUUCUACCAUCCACAUCUUCCUCUACUUCUUCUCCUUCCAUCUUCACUAAACCGCUUUCCUCCAAUGUCGAGAGCGGAGUGAAAAGCAAAGUACCUCAGGCUUCAAAAAAGAAGUCUGCAAAAAGCGAAGAAAAUAUAAAGCGCCAACGCGUCGUCAACUCGCCUAACACCAAAUCCAGAAAUCCCCAGGAGAAGAUUGUCGCCUCCCCAGCUAUAUGUGUGGCGGCUUCAAAGUCCCUCCCAAAGAAAGGGAAGGGUAAAGGGAAAGGAAAAGAUUCAGAAGAAGACAGUUUACAAAAGACCAUCCCAAGCUCCCACCGACUCAAUGAGAAUGACUUAUCCAUAUUCCACCUGCCCAUCACUACUUCCACCCCUCCAUCCAACUCGAGCCCCCCAAAAUUAACACAACUUCUAUCCAACCCCCCACCAAAAGGUCAAUCUCAGUCCAAGAAACAUCAUGCCCUAACACUCACGACCUCACUUCCACUUCCACACCCACUUCCACACCCACUGUCACUUGCACCCCCAUCCCCAUCCCUCAUCCCCGUUGCCCCCAAACUCCUCAAACGAUUUUACGAAGCGCUAAUUCUCCUCACCGUCUUUGGUUCUAACCGAGGCUCACGAAUUCUAGAGGAAGAAACCCCAACCGAUGGUUUCGACGAUGAGAUUUUGGAUAUUGACAUGAACACCAGUGCUCUUGAAGCGAAUAGGAAUCAAGAAAUGGACGAAAUGAGUCGAACCAAGCUAAGAAGAUCAUUCACGAGACAUCUAGCCUAUUUAUGCGAUUAUGAGAAAGGAGGCGAUAGCACAACUGCAAUUGCGUUGCAGCAGUUAGAUAAGGGGGGAAUUGUAUAUCAUGUUGCUUGGAACAAGUAUUCGCGACCGGAAAGGGGUGUGGAGUUUUUGAAAAUGGUGUUGGGACUUUUAGGAUGUGCUGGAUAUGAUGGCAUCAAGGAUUUUGAGAAAAAUAGGGAGGAUAUUGAGCAUAAAAUAUUUGAGUUGUCGGUAAAGUAUGCUGAGAAGAGAAUUUUUUCCUACGCAUCUUUUUUGGUGCGGGAUAUCAAGUUCGUGUUGGGAAAAUGGAAGAUGGUUAGAGAGGAUAAUCAAGAUGAAGAUUCCUCGACUCACCUUCACACAUGGCUUCAAAGACUUCUCACUCUCACCGAUCAUCCAUCUCAACUCUGUCGUUUCUGCUACAAAACAUGUACAACAGCGUCACAAGAAUUUACACACCUCCAAAUACUCAUCCAACUCGGCUCUCCAUUAGCGACUCGAUUUACCCAAAUUCGCCACACCAUUGGUCGACUAAACCAUACCCCGAAAGCCAUCCAAAUCCUCCUAUCCACCCGCAUCCUCCUCCCUCAUCUCUUCACCCAACUCACCAUUUCCCACCUCCCCUCCUCUUCAUCCUUCCCCCCACCCCUCCAAGAACGCAACCCUACUCUCUACGCCCUCAUCGGACGAACCAUGAGCGACCCCCUCGCUAUUACCUCCUACCGCGCCGCCCUCGCAGAAAUGGACCACAAAUAUCAACUCUCCACCCAUCUCUCCUCCCACUGCACAAACCGGAAUUGGCGACCAAAAAUCCACGCCGAGUUACUCCUGCUCCAGCAUUUCCACUCAAGGAAUCUCCAUUUUGUAGACAAGGAUCGCUAUAUCGCGUGUAGUAAAGCGGCGUGUUAUUGUUGUUACCAUUAUAUUAGAGUGCAUCCUGGGAGGUUCGUAGUGCCCGCGAGUCAUUGUAAUCAUUAUUUGAAGUGGAGAGCGCCGGAUGUGGAGGAGGGGGAUGAGAGGGGGGAGAAGGUUAGAGAGGGGGUGUUGAUUGAGAUGUCGAGGGUUUUUAGGGGGGAGGUUUUGAUGCAGAUUAAGGAGAUGAGAGGGCCGGGGGGGUGGAAACCGGAUUCUUUGACGGAGAUUUCGGAGGUGGGGGGGAGAGAGACGGGGGGUAGGGGGUCUUUUGUAGAGGAUCUGAUUGGUGGAGUGGGAGGGGAAGGUGAUGACGUUGAGGAGGAUCGUGAGUCUGUAGUAGGUGAUGACGAGGAGGAAGAUUGUGGAUCUUUGGCAGGGGAAUAA